UGAAAUGCAUGACUAUGCUCAAUGUCUUGAGGAGUUAAAUGAUCUAAAACUUAUUGCUCAUGAUGAAGCGCAGGUAUUUUUCCUCCUGGGUCGCGUGCAUAAAAAGCUUGGUGACACACAUCUAGCAUUAUUAAACUUUAGUUUGGCAGCCGAAAUGGAUCCCCGUGGAGAGCAGAGUCGCAAUAAUUUUACCGAUGCUCCUUAUGAUGAUGAACCUUCCUCUCCUCAUUCUGAAUGA